GCGCAGUGUAUUUUGAAUCAGAGUCAUAAUCCUCUUUGCGGUAACGGUUCAUUCAAACACGGACUUAUUAAUAGAGUGCUGAACUGCAGAUUCUGUUCAAGAUAAAUGCUAAUUGUAAAGAAGCAAUUUAUUUUCCAACUGGCAACUAACUAAAACAACGAAAACUUUAAACGUAUCUCCAAUCCUUUCAUAACAGACAUGAGCACGAUGGAAGAAGUGGACGAUGAUAGUAAUAGUGAAGAGAAUUGUCCAGAGUGUCAAAUGGCAUUACUGAUGGAUGCGAGUGAUAUAAGUGAAUCUGACAUGGAAACAAUGAAAGGAGAUACAAUUGGCAACACUAUGUACAGUGCCAAGUGGAUAAUAACCGUCUUGAUAUCACUUUCAAAUGUAGACGAAACAGGGUGGUCAGAAUCAUUGGAAAAGGAGCUUUGCUUCUUAUGGGACAUGGCGGCGGAAAAAGAUGUGACGCUAUUUCUAGCAGAAAACAAUUUCUUACAAAUUGUUGAACUAUCAUUCAAUGCUAGCAAUGAGCCCAGAUUGACGGAAAUCCUUAUGGGGAUUCUUGGAAAUAUGUGUUCCCAGACGACCGUAAUACAAUCGGUAGCAGAAAGGGAGGAAUUAGUUUCUUUGCUUUUUAAUUUAUUAUUAACUAGUGAUCCGGAAACGCUAAUUCAACUCUUAAGACUGCUGCGGGUUGCUGUAUGGGAUAUUCAACUGAAGGCAAGGGGGAAUACGAAUUCACUAUGGUUGGAGCACUUGAAGAAUUACCAAAUACUUGGAACAUCUUUAAUUUUUAUCCUAAACAGUUCAACCAAUGAUGAUUUACUGAUAGCGGCUACAGAUCUGAUACAAGCAAUAUCAACCACGCAAUUACCAAAUGAAAAAUUAUUAGAAUCUCUUUUUGGUAUGCAACAACUACUUCCAGCUCUGAUAGAAUCAUUCACGCAAAUGAUACCCAAACAAGAUGGAAAUCACACAAGAAAAGAGCUCAAAGUAAUUGAAAAUUGGCUCACUAUUGUGAGCAAUUUAUUAGAAGGCAAACACCUCAUGUUGUUUGAAGAGGAAUACACUAAACAUUUUAUAGAUAUCCUUGAUACUCUACUCAGGAUACUACAGCCUUAUGUACAUUCUCACAAUUUGAUACCCUUGGAUGAAAUAUCUGCUGUGUGUAUUCACGACUCUGUGAAAAUGAUUCUAAGUUUCCAACAGAACAGAUUACCCGUGGGCCCCGAAUUCAUAUUUAUGAUAGUGACAAUUAUGUAUCAUCUGCAGUCAGGAAACCAAUCAACUGAUUCGGAUACGAACAGCGAUAACAACGAGUGGGAACUUUCAGAGUAUUUGGAAAAAUAUUGGUUUAAAAUAUUAGCUUGGUCCGAACUGGAUCACCUGCAAGACGUUCUACAAAUGUGUGAAGAUAGUAUUGUCCAAUACAUUAUGGAUAUAACCAAAUCACACCGGUAUACGACUAGUGCUACAAUGAGAAAACUAAUAAUAGCAAGUGAAUCCCUAAGUCAGUGAAAUGAUCAGUUAUAUUAAUGUGUACAAAUUAAUGUAG